AUGACGGCGACGACGAUUGCAUCAUCGACGAGGAUGAUGAUGAUGAUGAAAAUGGUUUCGACCACCACCACCACGAAUACUACACGUCGUCGUACUACUACCACGAAGAGCAAGCCUUCAAAAACCACUUUGAAUAAUAAUGCGUUGUUCUCUUCUUCGAAAAGUUGUCGUCGUUUGGAAGCAACGAGAGGAGGAGGAAGAAGAGAAAGAACGAAGAAGAAGAUAUCUUCUUUCGAUCCUCCUCGCGCAACAUCAUCAUCAUCAUCAGAACAACAAGAACAAGAAGAGCGAAAAACGAAUACCCCUACUAAGAAGAAUGCGAUGAAUUUCGAUGUACCUAAAGUGGUGAAAAUUUGCGGCAUCACCACCGCGGAAGAUUGUCGCGUCGCCAUCGACAGCGGCGCCUCACACGUUGGGAUGAUCUUAUGGCCCAAGAGUAAAAGGUCGGUCGAUAUCGAACGAGCGAAAAAGAUCGUAAAGGAGUGCGAAAAGAGUAAAGAAAGAGUGAUAACGCCAGUCGCGGUGUUCGUGGACGAAGACGGAGCGACGAUAGCGAAGAUAUGCGAAGAGCUUGGAUAUAACACGCACGCGCAGUUACACGGCGAUUUGGCCAGACAAUCUCUGAAGGAUAUUCCGCAAAAGAUCAAAGUUAUUUGGGUGUGCUCGGCGGACGAGAGCGGGAAAAUCGUGACGGAAAUGCCGGGGGAGAGCGAAGAGGAGUUAGCCUCGAGAAGGAAAGAAAUGUUAUCCGGGGAGAAAGGGUGGAAAGCACCGAUUGAUUGGGUAAAUGGACCGAGGAAAACGGUAGAUUACGUGUUAAUCGACGGCGUCAACGCCGGAUCUGGGGAGAAAUUCGAGUGGGAAAACUUAAAAGUUCCCAAAGGAUGUUCCAGGAAAGGAUGGAUUUUAGCCGGUGGAUUGACGCCGGAAAACUGCUCCGAAGCGGUCAUGGUGUUACGUCCGAACGGUGUGGACGUCGCCUCGGGCGUCUGCGACGAGAGCGGCGUCGUAAAGUCGAAAGAAAAGUGCGACGCCUUCGUCUUCAACGUUCGAGCCGCCGCCGCGAAGUAG